AAAAUUACGAUACCACCUAGAGCACGACUUAGUCCUCAAGUCUUAACAUAAGAGACGGAGAAAAAAUAUACUUCUUCCUCCUCUUCCUCCUCUUCCUCCUCUUCCUCCUCACAGCUCUCGCUUCUGAUCUCUUACUUGCCUCAAAAAUCGAAUAUUUGCUAAAGAGUUUAUUAACUUUCACUCAUGGGUUUCGGUUCUGUUUAUCGAUCUCUAACGGAAAUCUUUCCUCAGAUUGAUGCACGAAUUUUGAGGGCUGUUGCAAUCGAACACCCCAAGGAUGCUGAUGAAGCUGCUGCUGUGGUUCUUUCAGAAAUCAUUCCUUCAUUUUCCUCAAAUUUGUCUCAUAAUCUUACUCAAUCUUCAAACAAGUCAUCUUCAAGUAUUUCAGAGCGUGAAGUAGAACGUGGUUUGGAAGAUGUUGUUUCUGGGUGCCGCCCUUUUCUUGGAGCUUCUGGUUCAAAGCCCAGCACUUCUUCUUCUUGUUCUUCCUCUUCUUCAGAAACUCUUCCCUUGGUUGUUGACCGUGACCACAAUACCCGUGCUCUAAGUACUGAUCUGGUCUCAAAUAUGAACGAGCUAACAAAUUUGCAACCAAAUGUUGGUCUUGAUGUUUGCCAUAAAGACCUUGAAAGUGAGGAAGUUCAAUCUUUUUUGAAAAAGGCUCGUGGAAAAGAGCACGGAAACUAUGAUUUCUUUGGUAGGUGUUUUGAUGUUACGAGCAAUGCAAAACUUGGCUUGCAUGUGCCAGAGGAUGAUAUCGCCUCAGUUGUCUCUGCCAUUUCCCUAGAUAAUAUUAAAUUGACUAGCGAUUUUUGGGAAGAUCUUUGUUUUGAUAUGACAUGGAAUCAAGCAGAAAAUGCUGUAUCGAAGCUGGUCGAUUCAGCUCCUGGGGAUACUACGACAACUACACAGCAGGGUUCAUGUUUUGAAGUUGACUCUGGGAGUACAAAUCGUGUGGACGAGACUUCAAAUCAUUCAUUGGUCUCUGAAAAUGGUGAUACUGAAAUAGGUGAUGCUUUUAGCACAUCAACCCAUGUAUGCAGCGUUGAUCACCUUGAAGAGAUUAUUGAGGAUGCCAAAAGUAACAAGAAAACCUUGUUUACUGAGAUGGAAACGGUUACGAAUUUAAUGAGAGAAGUUGAACUUCAAGAGAAGGAUGCAGAGAAGUCAAAGGAGGAAGCUUCUAGGGGAGGUUUAGAUACUCUUCAAAAGGUCGAGGAGCUCAAGAAGAUGCUGGAACAUGCAAAGGAAGCAAAUGACAUGCAUGCUGGAGAAGUAUAUGGAGAGAAGUCAAUUUUGGCCACUGAAGUAAAAGAGCUUGAAAACCGGUUGGUCAACUUAUCAGAAGAACGAAACAAAUCUCUUGCUAUCCUUGAUGAGAUGCGAGGAAGUCUCGAAAUAAGACUAGCGGCAGCACUUGAGAUGAAAAAGACUGCUGAGCAAGAAAAGAAAAACAAAGAAGAUUCUGCACUUAAGGCACUUGCUGAGCAAGAAGCCAACAUGGAGAAAGUGGUCCAAGAAUCAAAACUUCUACAGCAGGAGGCAGAGGAAAAUUCCAAGCUUCGAGAGUUUCUUAUGGAUCGUGGUCAGAUUGUUGAUUCCUUACAAGGAGAAAUUUCUGUGAUCUGUCAAGAUGUGAAGCUGUUGAAAGAGAAAUUCGAAAACCGAGUGCCAUUAACCAAAUCAAUCUCCUCAAGCCUCACUAGUUCAUGCGGAUCAUCUAUGAGAAGCUUGGGGCUCGAGAAUCCUUCUGAGCGAUUGAAUGGAGUGCCUGAAACCUCAAGCAACAAGAACUUCCCAGAAGCAGCAGCUUCCUUCAUGAACAAAGAGAAAGAUGAUUGUAGAGAUCUUCUUGAAGAUGGUUGGGACAUCUUUGACAAGGAGACCGAACAAGUUGUUUGGUACUGAAGAAUAAAGUUAUUGUACAUAU